AUGCGGCUCGCGAAGUACGUCGCCGUCUCCGUCAUCGCGACGACGCUGGUGAUCGCGCACGCGAUGUACACCCGUGAGCAGUACUUCCCGGCGAUGAUGUACCUGUCGACGAGCAAGAUGGCGCUGGUGGCGUUCGGGAACUUGGCGUUCGGCGCGGCGCUGGUGUUGGGACGCGCGGUGAAGGCGACGUUUCUUGGACAGCUCAGAGAAGCAGAGGUCGAGCGAUUGUACGAGCGCACGCGAGACGCGGUGAUGGAAACAUGCCUGGCGAUGACGAUCUUUCGAGAGGAGUUCAACGCGAGGUUCGUGGCGAUGUUCGUGGGGUUGCUCUUCGUUAAGGCGUUUCACUGGUUGUACACAGAUCGGGUGCAGUACGCGGAGACGGCGCCGACGCUCAGUCGCGUGACGCACAUUCGUCUUGCGGGAUUCAUGGGGACGCUUUUGCUUGUUGAUGUGAGCAUGCUGAGUUACAUUAUCGGGAACACCAUCGCAAAGGGGCCGAGCGUGUUGCUGUUGUUUGGGUUUGAGUACGUCAUCCUCGUCACGAAGCUCGUCGUCGGCGCCGUGAAGUACUUGAUUAUCAGCGCCGAUCGCGUGCUGGACGGACAGUGGCAGGGUAAGGGCACCUGCGUCUUCUACCUCGAGCUCGUCACCGAUCUGUUGCAGCUCUUUGUGUACUUUGUCUUCUUUUUGAUUAUCUUCGCCUACUACGGGCUACCAGUGCAUCUUGUGCGAGACUUGUACAUGACAUAUAGGAACUUUAGGAAGAGGGUGGAGGAAUUCAUUCGCUAUCGUCGGGUGACGGCGAAUUUGGACGAUAGAUUCCCCGAUUCGAACACGGAAGAUUUGUCCACGAGCGAUGAUGUGUGCAUCAUCUGUCGUGAGAACAUGGAGGUUGGCGCGCAGGGUGGGAACAAGCCGAAGAAGCUGCCGUGCGGGCACUCGUUCCAUCUGCACUGUCUUCGCUCGUGGCUGGAGCGACAGCAGGCAUGUCCCACGUGCAGGCACUCUGUGCUACCAGAGCGCGAGCGACGAGCGAACGCAGUGAGACAGGCUGAGGAAGAGGCGCAGUGGCAACAACUGCCGCCAGAGCUUCAGGCGGGCUACGUGGCUCCAGAAGUCGUAGAGAGACUCGAUCGCGAGGCGGCGGAGCGUAGAGCGCAAGCAGGGCAGACAACGCCACCCAACGCGCAUUCUGACAGAGCCCGACGUCACUCAACUACCCUGCCGCGCACUCCGGAGCAGGCGCCCGGAGAGGACCCUAACGCUCCGACGCCGGAGCGGCGUAUGUCGCCGAACGCUCAAUUCCGCACACCACCGUCAGAUCGGACGCAGAUAUCGAAUCGUUUCAAUUCUCCAUCACAGGCAUGGCAAUCGCCACACACAUUCGCGGCGACACAUGCGGCGAAUUCUGCGAGAGGUAGCGUCGAAGGUCUCGGUACCAUGGACGAUGAAAUGGCGCACAGGGUGGCCACCGCUGUGGCAUCCGCGGUUGCCGCCGCGAGCGCGCAGGCGCAGCUCGCUUUCGCGAGCGUCGCACCAUUUGGUGUGCCUGGGCUGGUAGAAUCAGUCACGGCACAUGCCUCAGGCGUCGCAGCGCCACCCACGACGCCCAUUCCUUCGACGAGUGAGCAGUCGCGUCCAUCAUUUUCGCCAAUUCCUCGUAACGCGUCACCCGCCGUCAGAGUCGCCAUGGAAGCUGAACGCCAGGCCACCCUGGAUUCCAUGCAAGCACAAGUGCGUCUCAUCCAGGCACAAAUGGCUACGCUCCAGGUACAGGCGAGCGAAGAGGAACGCGGAAUAGUCGCCAGAACCGUCAAUCGCGGAAAGGAGACACUCACGGACGAUGACGAUGCUGACAAUCGGGCGAGUGAAACCUCGCACUUAAUCCCUCUCACCGAGAAUCAACCACCGCGACGCGAAGAUGAAAACGAAGACUCGAACGAUCCAGCCGGUAUCCUUCGUCGUCGCCGCUUACAACACUUCGCAUAG